CACAUCUGUAUUUAAACGCCAUGUUUGGUCAGCAGAAGAAAACAGUCGAGAUUGAUUUCAGCGCUUCUUAUCAAAAUAACAAAGUGGUCAAGGCGAUUAAAGACUUAAUAAUGAGUGCAUUUGCCUCGAUUUCGGUCCUUGUGAUAUUAGUCAUCAUUUCUGGAGGACACGGUGAUUCAGCGGUUGUGCUAAAUAAAGAUUUAGUUGGGACAGCCUAUUUCCCCUGGUUCGGCCAGUGUUUGAGCUAUGAGAAGUAUGCAGGACGUUGCCCAUGUCCCUCCUACGGGGUGUGCCGGGGCCUGAAGUGCUGUGUUCUGAACAUCGACAGAAUCAUCAUUCCGCCAGUCAUCCGGGAUCCUAUUUUUCCUAUCCCACCUAUUCCUGACCCAAUACUACGAAGGGGGUGAUCGAGACAGGGGCUUACGUCAUCGUCCGGAAAAAGCUUCAGCAAGAAAAUGUUAUACAACUCUUACACAAGUUUUAGUUCUUACGAUGACAUCCUAUGUUUUAUAAUUAAUGCCAUAAUUCAUGCCGCUAAAUAUAGGCGGACAACGCUGUUAGAAGAAAGAUGUAUUUUUUUCAUACACACUUGUGGUCUUGUUUUAAUCCACAUAGUAAGCAAGAGAGAAUAAAUUGACGUUCGUAUA